AUGGUGCCUGGGGAAGCCUCCGAGUCUACCCAGUGCCCGUGCCCUCCCCUCACCAGCCCGCAUGCCAAGGAUGUGCUUCGGAGACGGCACAAGAGGAGGAGCCGGCAGCUCCAGCGAUUCAUGGCCCGGAAGGCCUUGCUGCAGGAGCAGGGCCUCCUGAGCAUGCCCCCAGAGCCAGGGCCCUCCCCACCACCCACACCAGCAGAGGCUCCACCAGGCACUGAAGCAGCCAGCAGUGGGAGGCCUUGUCCUCGGGCUCACUCUGGGGGCAGCUCAUGCAGCAGAAAGCCGGGCCCCGGGAGUGUCAGCAGCCCCUUGCCUAGCAAGUUAGUGGCCAUUGAUUGUGAGAUGGUGGGCACUGGGCCCCGAGGGCGGGUGAGUGAGCUGGCCCGCUGUUCUGUGGUGAGUUACCAUGGCGACGUGCUCUACGACAAGUACAUUCGGCCGGAGAUGCCCGUCGUGGACUAUCGCACCCGCUGGAGCGGCAUCACUCGGCAGCACAUGCACAAGGCCAUCCCCUUCCAGGUGGCCCAGAAAGAGAUCCUCAGGCUCCUGAAGGGUAAGGUUGUGGUGGGCCACGCGCUGCACAAUGACUUCCAGGCCCUGAAGUACGUCCACCCUCGGAGCCUGACCCGUGACACCACUUACGUCCCGAGCCUCCUCAGCCCACCUGGUCACCAGUCCCGGGCCCGGGUCUCCUUGAAGGAGCUGGCCCUGGAGUUGCUGCACAAGAAGAUCCAGGCGGGCCAGUGUGGACACUCGUCGGUGGAGGAUGCCAUGACCGCCAUGGAGCUAUACCGGCUGGUGGAGGGGCCAUGGGAGCAGCGGGAGGCCAGCAGUCUCCGGGCCUGCCCCGAGGAUAGAGAGCCGGACAGCAGCACAGAUGUGGAGCAGUACAUGGAGGACCGGUACUGGCCUGAGGACCUGGCCCAGGGGCAGACACAGGACACAACGGAGUGA